AUUCAAUUCCUGUUUUUAGGGUUUCCUUAAAAAUUCAUUGGCCUUUUGGGUUAAUUUUGUGAAAUUAGCUGUUUUAAUUUGUAAUUCAGUCAAAGGCAUGGCUUAGUUUAAAAAAGGCAUGGCUUCUUGGGUUAAUUUUGUCAAAUUAGCUGUAGGAACUAUUCUGUUUUUUUUUUUCUUUCAUGAAAGUCUUUGUUGUUUCGGUUUUGGAAGAACCACACUGUUCAAAAACGAAAUUUGUUCUAAAGUUUUCUGCUUUUGAAGAAAAAGAAGGUUUUCAUUUAAAAAAUUAACUUAUUUGAUUGAAAGAUGUAUGAGAGAAUGAUCCUAAUUUAAUGUUGAUAAAUACUUUCUUUGUCUGUGUUAUGGGUGUGUUUUGAGUAAUUGUUUUUUAUCAAUGGGAUGGGGAGGUUCGAACUUAAGACAUUUUCCAUCAUUGGGAAGAGAAGUAUCAACCGAUUAAUUUUUAUUUGGUAAUACUUGAAAUUAACAAAAAAAGGAGAACCUCAGGAGAGGAACUUUACCUCAUGCCCCCAAAGUCAACCUUGAACUGAGUUGCAGAUAUAUAAUUUGAAGUUACUGCAGUUGAUAGUUGUGGAUAAUGGCUUGGAUGGGGUCAACUAUAGAUCCCGGACCAAUCGAUAUUUCUGUACUGUACGAUCAAGAAAACCAUAUUUCUUCAGCAAUCUGGGAUGGACAGGAACGUGGUGUGCUUAGAUGCCAUGAACACAGUUCAAUGCUUGAACAAUGGAAGCUCACAGCUAAACAAAUUGAAUUGGUUGAGAAAGCUGGUUUUGGGUACUUUAGAACAAUUCCAACGAUUAGCCUUGACAAUUCACUUAUCUCGGCACUAGUUGAGAGGUGGAGGAGAGAAACAAAUACAUUUCAUUUGCCUGUUGGAGAAAUGACCAUAACACUUGAAGAUGUUGUACUGUUACUUGGGCUACCAGUUGAUGGAAAACCAGUUAUGGGUGUAACAAGGACACCCGGAAAAGUAUGCGAAAAUUUACUAGGGAAAGUUCCGGAAGACCUAAAUGGUGGAAUGGUGAAGCUAACUUGGUUGAAAGAGUGCUUUUCUAAAUGUCCUGAAGAUGCACCAGUUGAAGAGACUGAGCGUCAUACGCGUGCUUAUCUCCUAUACCUGGUUGGUUGUACAAUAUUUUCCACAACAACUGGAAACAAAGUCUCUGUAAUGUAUCUUCCCUUGUUUGAAAAGUUCGAUGAAGCUGGAAAGUUUGCAUGGGGUGCUGCAGCUUUGGCAUUCCUCUACAGAGCUCUUGGUAAUGCCUCCCUUAAAUCUCAAAGCACAAUAAGUGGUUCUUUGACACUACUGCAGUGUUGGAGUUAUUAUCGCCUCAAUGUUGGAAAUCCGAAGUUCAAUGACGAACCAAACGAUGGUUGCUUUCCAUUUGCACUUCGGUGGAAAGGAAGAGCAAGUGGACCAAGAUCAAACAGUAAUAUAGUUUCCUACCGCAAAGCCUUAGAUUCCCUUCAACCUUCAGAUGUUAAGUGGCUCCCAUACAAAGAUUUGGACUCUUCUUCUUCAGUGGAAGAUAUAAAAGAGAGUUUGAUUUUACGGGCCUCAAAAACUGUGCUAAUAUGUUUUGACAAGGCUGAGAGACACCUCCCUGAUCGUUGCCUCAGGCAGUUUGGCAUGCUUCAACCAGUCCCAAUGGAUGUUCCGCGAUGGGAGAGGAAGAUUCGUGCACUUGAUCAGGGUUCAGACUUGUCAAAGGAAACAGAUUUGCAGCUUAAAGGAAAAAAUCAAGCAGAGCUUAGGGAAUGGUUGGAGCGUCGACUUCGGAUUGUACAGGUUGAGGAAGUUGUGGAUGAAAUCAAGUACAUGGAGUGGUAUGAGAGAAUUACUCGAAAGUUUGUUGGGAGGCCUGAAUCUUUAGAAUCCGAGUUUCAGAGAAUAGUUGCUGCUAUGAGAGAAAUUGCAGAUAUAGCUGAUUCAUUUCCUGCAGAUCGAAUGGAUUCCCGAGAUAGGAAGUCACUUGAUGAGAUCAAGAACGCAGCACAUAAAAGUCUGAUGGAUUUGGUUGGAGACUCAAAGAAGGGUAGACGUAAGAUUGCCACGAAACGUAAAAGGGAGCAUGAUCCAACUAUCAAGGAUGACUACUAGCUUUAAGUUAUGAUUGAUAAUGCCUGGGCUCCUUGAUAAUUAUUUUAUAUGAUAUGCAGUGAGCUUGGUGAGGCAACUCUAGCUAUUCAUUUCUGACAUUGAUGAAGUGUAUCUUUCGCAAAUUCAUCAAUCUGUAAAGUGCGUCUUUGAUGUAGGAUAGUAUUGUAUUGUAUUACUAGAAUCCGUCGGGAUAUGCCUGUUGAAUGGUUGAAGAAGGAAAAGAAGACAAAUCUUUAGUUGGGGUUUGAGAAAUAAAUCUUACAUGUGCUUGAGAUCAACUUGUUAAGACAAUCUUUUCUUUUCGUUUC